UCCAUUCGGUUGAAAAUGCUCAGUCGGAUAGAGGUUUCAAUGUGCUGGAUUUUUGAAGCUCCAUAUAGACCCAAACAUGUUUUGGACAGCAGUGGCCUCGUCCACUAUUUCCUCAUCAAACACAGAGCCAUCGGCAGCCCUGGCCAGUGCAGCCCCGAACUAUCACCAGCUCCACACGAAGCCGCCGCUCCGCUCCCUUAAAAACAGCUGGCAAAUUAGCAAUGCAGCAUUCAAGACGCGUCUGCACCAGCAGCAGCAGGAACAGAAAGAGCAGAAGCAACAGCAACAGGAGCAGAAACAGCAACAGGACCAACAGAAGGAAAUAGAACAAAAGCAGCAACAGCAGCAACAGCAGCAACAGCAGCAACAGCAACAGCAACGGGAAGCACAGAUAAUUUCACAUCAGGAAAAGCCACAGCAAAAGCCAGAAGAGGAAAAGGAGCAGCAAGGAUCAGUGGCAAAGAAGAAAAUCGCUCCAAAAAGUGAAAGUGCCCGUAAAAUGUUCAAAGCUUUAGCUGCCUCCUGCAAGUGCAAAAAGAAGUGAAAGAGAGUGUGGGAGUGCUUGUGGGAGAGCUGCAUGAAAAAAGGUCCGUCCUCGAGUGCAGCCCAAGACAUAGUCCAACUAAUAACUGUUCCUGAGGCGAAAUAGUGCGUCCGGGAGAGAGUGCAAACCAAGAGUGUAAACGAAAAGAGUUAACCUAAAAAUUGGUAAAAAAGUACACAGGAACGGAGGAUUUUGAGCUAAGCAGUGUCCAAGCAAUACUGAGAGACAGGAAAAGACUGGAAAUGAGAGUUGAGGAAUCGAAUGCCCAAAACAAUAAUCGCAAUAACAGCCACAACUAAGGAACAUUUUUUGAUGCAUUUUUCCUCUAGAGGAUAGGAAAAAAACAGAGAGACCAAACAACAUACA